AUGGAGCAGAGGAUGAAGAAGCACUUUCUGAGCAGCAUAUUUCAGUUCAAGGGGGUUCACAGAUCAGGACUGUCAAUGCAGGUCUAUCUUCCCAGAAGGCCAACCCCUUGCCAGACAAUCUGCCCUGGAGAAAGAUGUUAUAUGGACAGUGAAUGUGGGAAAUCCUUUAGCCAAAAUUCCCACCUCAUUAGACAUCAGUGAGUUCACACUGGAGAAAGGCCUUAUGAGUGCAGUGAAUGUGGGAAAUCUUUUAGCCAAAACUCUAAUCUUAUUCAACAUCAGAGAAUUCACACUGAAGUAAGGCCUUAUGAGGGCAGUCAAUGUAGGAAAUCUUUUUGCCAAAGCUCUCUGCACUGCAAUAGGAGAGUUCACACUACAGAAAGGCUUUAUGAAUGUAGUGAAUGUGAGAGAUCCUUUAGAUAUAUGUCCAACCUCAUUACAUAUCAGAGAGUUCACACCAGAAAAAGGCCUUACGAAUGCAGUCAGUGUGGGAAAUCCUUUAGGAAAAGCUCUGCACUCCUUCAACAUUGGAGAGUUCACACUGGGAAAAGGCCUUACGAAUGCAGCGAAUGUGGGAAAUCAUUUCGCCAAAAUGUGGUGCUCCGUCAACAUCAGAGGGUUCACACUGGAGAAGAACCUUAUCACUGCAAUGAAUGUGAGAAAUCAUUUAGACAUAUAUCCAGCCUCAUUGCACAUCAGAAAGUUCACACUGGAGAAAGGCCUUAUGAAUGCAGUGAAUGUGGGAAAUCCUUUGAGAAAAGCUGUUCACUCGUUUACCAUCGGAGAGUACACACUGGAAAAAGGCCUUACAAAUGCAGUGAAUGUGGGAAAUCAUUUCGUCAAAUUGUGCUCCUUCAACAUCAGAGGAUUCACACUGGAGAAAAGCCUUAUCAGUGCAGUGAAUGUGAGAAAUUCUUUAGCCAAAGCUCUACCCUCACCACACGUCAGAAAAUUCACACUGAAAAAUGA